GCGGCUCCCGGAGCGUGGAGGGCCGGGUGGGUCUCCUGGGAUUGGGGUGCUCCCGUGCCCGGAGCUUGCGUCCCCUGCGCCCCCGCCAUGCGCCCACCUCGCCCCCGUGCCGCGCUACUCGCGCUCCUGGCCGCGUCCCUCGCGGCCGCCGAGGUUCCGCACCUGGUGCGCGUGGACGCGGCCCGCGCGCUGCGUCCCCUGCAGCCCUUCUGGAGGAGCACCGGUUUCUGUCCCCCACUGCCGCACAGCCAGGCUGACCGGUAUGACCUCAGCUGGGACCAGCAGCUCAACCUGGCCUACGUGGGUGCCGUCCCUCAUGGUGGCAUGGAACAGGUUCGGACCCACUGGCUGCUGGACCUCAUCACGGCCAGGGGGUCAGCCAGGCAGGGCCUGAGCUACAACUUCACCCACCUGGACCGGUACCUGGACCUUCUCAGGGAGAACCAGCUCGUCCCAGGCUUUGAGCUGAUGGGCAGCCCCUCCGGACGCUUCACUGACUUCGAGGACGAGCAGCAGGUGUUCGAGUGGAAGAACCUGGUUUCCCUCCUGGCCAGGAGAUACAUCGGUAGGUACGGCCUCAAGCACGUUUCCAAGUGGAAUUUCGAGACGUGGAACGAGCCGGACCACCACGACUUUGACAACGUGUCCAUGACCUUGCAAGGUGGGCAGGCCGGCCUCCUGGGGUCCUGCGGAUCUGAGGGGGGUGGCAGCCGCCCCUCCGGCGCGGGGGUGUGGACUCGGUGUUCCCCCCGCCCAGGCUUCUUGAACUACUACGACGCCUGCUCCGAGGGUCUGCGAGCCGCCAGCUCGGUUCUGCGCCUGGGCGGCCCCGGAGACUCCUUCCACCCGCUGCCGCGCUCCCCGCUCUGCUGGGGCCUCCUGGAGCACUGCCACAACGGCACCAACUUCUUCACCGGGGAGGUGGGCGUGAGGCUGGACUACAUCGCCCUCCACAAGAAGGGCGCGGGCAGCUCCAUCUACAUCCUGGAGCAGGAGGCGGCGGUCGUGCGGCAGAUACAGCGGCUCUUCCCCAAGUUCGCGGACACCCCCGUUUACAACGACGAGGCCGAUCCGCUGGUGGGCUGGUCCCUGCCGCAGCCCUGGAGGGCCGACGUGACCUACGCUGCCAUGGUCGUGAAGGUCAUCGCACAGCACCAGAACCUGCUGGUGGCCAACACCAGCUCCUCCGUCCGCUACGCGCUCCUAAGCAACGACAACGCCUUCCUGAGUUACCACCCGCACCCCUUCUCUCAACGCACGCUCACUGCGCGCUUCCAGGUCAACAACACGCGCCCGCCGCACGUGCAGCUGCUGCGCAAGCCGGUGCUCACGGCGAUGGCCCUGCUGGCCCUGCUGGACGGCGAGCAGCUCUGGGCUGAGGUGUCGCGGGACGGGACGGUGCUGGACAGCAACCACACGGUGGGCGUCCUGGCCAGCACCCACCACCCCAUGGGCCCCGCCGAUGCCUGGCGCGCCACGGUGCUGGUCUACGCGAGCGACGACACCCGCGCCCAUGCCAACCGCAGCGUACCCUUGACUCUGAGCCUGUACGGGGUGCCCCCGGGUCCGGAGGUCGUCUUUGUCCAGCUGUACAUGGACAACUGGCUCUGCAGUCCCUACGGCGAGUGGCGGCGCCUGGGCAGGCCCGUCUACCCCUCUGCUGAGCAGUUCCGGCGCAUGCGCGCGGCCGAGGAUCCGGCGGCCGUGAUGCCGCUCCCUUUUCCCAGCAGCGGCCGCCUGACGCUGCGCCCAGAGCUUCCUCUGCCCUCGCUCUGGCUGGUGCACGUGUGCGCGCGCCCGGAGGAGCCGCCGGGGCAGGUGACCCGGCUCCGCGCUCUCCCCUUGACCCGCGGGCAGCUGCUUUUGGUCUGGUCCGAUGAGCGUGUGGGCUCCAAGUGCCUGUGGACCUACGAGAUCCAGUUCUCCCCGGAGGGUGUGGUGUACCUGUCCAUCAACAGGAAGCCUUCGACCUUUAACCUCUUCGUGUUCAGCCCAGGUGUGGCUGCUGCCUCAGCACAGUCCCUGUGGGGCGGGGUCCAGGGCCUCCGGCACCUGGAGUUUGGGGGGUCAGAGAGGUUCAGGUUCAAGGGCAGGCACGUACCUUUGUAUCCUCAGACACGGCUGUUGUCUCCGGCUCCUACCGGGUUCGUGCUGUGGACUACUGGGCCCGACCAGGCCCCUUCUCGAGCCCCGUGUGGUACCGGGGGGUCCCCACCCCGUGAGGGCCACUGCUGCCCCGCGACUGGACCUGUGCUGACCGUAAGCCUGGGUGGCCAGAAGCCAUGCUGGGCCAGAGUGCCGUCAGCCGGUCAUCCCCUCUGUUUGUCCCCUCCUGCCCCUCAUUCACCCCCUUAAAGUGCCUUUCCACGCACAGUAAUGGGGACGGCCUUCGUGGUGGGCACUGGGCAGACACGAGGCCUGGCUGGAGUGAGGCCAUCCCCGCCUCGCCCCACCCCUGCCUGUGGGAGCCGGGAUGGGACUCGGGUCGAGCGCAGACAGGUGUGAGUUGCCCAGCCCUGCGCGCCUGGGGUCUCUGGCGUCACGGCUGGGUGCAGCAGGCCCCAUUCCCAGCCCCUGCGCCAGGAGGGCCCAGAGGGUUCCCACUUCCUGAGGCCCAGCCCGGCUGCCCCCUGCACCCUGCCUGGCCCAGACUGUCCCCAGUUGCAGGGGAGGCCGACAGUGUCCACUCCUGCAGUCAUCUGGGCUCCUUACCUGGGUCCAGGAGGAAGCAGCACGCCCAGAAGAGGGCGACUUGGGGACUGUGGAUGGACAUGUGGACGGGGGCGGGGAAGCCACGAGGGGUGGUGUGGAGCCCUGGGGUUCCUCCCCAACCCCCACGCCCAGCCCAGGCCACCUGGUGAGGCCACGUGGCGAGGAGCGGGGGUGCAGCCAGUCUGGAGCGAUGCAAGCGGGAGUGGGGGCUCCGACCCACCCUCCUCUCUCUGCUGCCCUCCGAGCCGCCUGGGCUCAGGGAUGGGUGAGGCAGGCCUGGCAGGGCACACGCAAGGCAAGGCCCAGUCACCCCCGGCUCCUGUCCGCAUGGAAAGGGCGGGGCACCGGGGCCCACCAGCGGCCUCAUCCUGGGCUGGGGAUGUCAGCGUGAGCGUUCUGCACCUGAACCCCAAAGCCAGCACCUGUCCCCAUUGCCCUUGGCCGCUGGGGAGGCUUCAGGGCUUGGUGCCUGGGGCCCGGCUGUUACAUACAAGGGGUGCUGGGGUGCCCAGUGGGCCCCCGGUCUCUGGGCGUUGUCUUCCUGCCUCGUCAGGAAGCUCUAGCUGCAUGCGGCUACGUGACCAAGCACCACGGUGGGCAGGCGGCCCGUACAGCAGAGGCUCAUUCUCUCGCAUCCUGGAGGCCGCAGCCUGAGGGCAGGGGUUCCUCCUGAGGGCGCUCUCCUUGCCUUGCGGACGGCCGCCUCCUCCCCGUGUCCUCACAGGGUCGUCCCUUUGUGUGUGUCUGUGUCCUGAUCUCCUCUUCUUAUAAGAACACCAGCCGUGUGGGAUUCAGGCCCACCCACAGGACCUCAUUUGAAUCACCUCUUUAAAGCUCUCUCUCCAAAUAAGGCCACAGUCUGAGGUACUGGGGGUGAGAACGGCAGUGUAUGAACCGGAGGGAUCCAGUCCGGUCGGUAGCGGUGGGAGGAAUGCAUCACUCCGGCGUUAAAGCAGCCUUUUCUUGGGAUACAGGCUGCUGUAUAUAAAAUAUAAGCAAUAGGCCCUACUGUGUAGCACAGGGAACUGUAUUCAACAUCUUGUAAUAGAAAAGAAUGUGAAAAGGAAUAUAUAGAUUGGGUUGGCCAAAAAGUUCAUUUGGAUUUUUCCGUCAGAUCUUAUGGAAAAACCCGAACGAACUUUCUGGCCGACCCUAUAUAUACAUGUAUAUAACUGAAUCACUUUGCGGUACACCAGAAACUAAUGGAACGUUGUAAAUCACCUAUACUUCAAUUAAAAAUUUUUUUUAAAGCA